AUGGAACCCAUACUAUGUACUCAACCCAGAAGAUUUGCUGUGGUAGCAAUUGCUAGAAUGGUGGCUAAAGCUCGUAAUUGUGAAGUAGGAGGCGAGGUUGGAUACCACAUAGGUCAUUCAAGGGUCUUCUCAACAAGAUCAAAGAUUGUUUUUAAAACUGCUGGAGUUUUGUUGGAUGAAAUGCGAGAGAAGGGGUUGAAUGCACUCAAAUACAAGGUUAUUAUUCUUGAUGAAGUGCAUGAAAGAUCUGUAGAGUCGGAUCUUGUUCUUGUUUGUGUGAAGCAAUUUUUGCUGAAAAACAGUGACUUAAGGAUAGUAUUGAUGUCUGCGACUGCUGAUAUUGCAAGAUACCGGGAGUACUUCAGGGAGCUUGGUAGGGGUGAAAGGGUAGAAGUGGUGGCCAUUUCCAGCUCUGGCCAGCACACCAUAUUUGAGCGAAGAGUUUCAUAUCUUGAACAGGUAACUGAAAUACUUGGAAUGAAUUCAAAACAGUUGUCGUCUAGAUAUUGUUCUGGGCCAAGCCCUUCUAUGGCUGAUGCUGAUAUCAAAUCUGAAGUGCACAAGCUUAUACAUGAUUUGGUGUUGCACAUUCAUAAAAAUGAACCAGAUAUUGAAAAAAGCAUUUUGGUUUUCCUUCCAACAUACUAUUCACUGGAGCAACAAUGGUUCCUUCUGAAGCCAUUUAAUGCAACAUUCAAAGUUCACAUUUUACAUAGCAGUAUUGACACUGAUCAAGCUCUCAAUGCUAUGAAAAUCUGGAAGUCCCAUCGUAAGGUAAUUUUGGCUACAAAUAUUGCUGAAUCCUCGGUGACAAUACCCAAAGUUGCCUAUGUCAUUGAUUCGUGUCGUUCUUUGCAAGUUUUUUGGGACAGUAAUAGGAAAACGGACUCUGCAGAGCUGGUGUGGGUUUCCAAGUCUCAGGCUGAUCAACGGAGGGGGAGAACAGGCUGGACUUGUGAUGGCCAGAUAUUUCGGUUGGUUACAAGAUUGUUCUUCAAUCAGCUGCAGGAUCACGAGCCUCCAGCGAUACUGAGGUUAUCAUUGAGGCAGCAGGUGCUUCUUCUCUGUUGUUCUGAAUCUAAAGCCAUUAAUGACCCCAAAGAUCCAAAAGUUGUUGAAGAUGCAUUGAGAUUGCUUGUUCACAUCCAUGCGUUGGAAAAAGCAUCUCCCCGGGGGCGCUCUGAGCCGACAUUUUAUGGACAAUUGCUUGCUAGUUUCUCUCUGUCAUUUGAUGCUUCUGUACUCAUACUCAAGUUUGGCGACAAAGGAAUGGUCCGGGAAGGCAUUCUUAUUGGUAUAUUGAUGGAUACACAGCCUCUACCCAUUGUUCGUCCUUUUGGGCAGGAUACUUUGUUUGCCGAGUACACUGAUAGCUACUAUAGUGGAGAUAGUACCACUACCGGCUUAACUGGUAGAAAGGAGUUGUUAUUUAUGGGAAACUUUUGUGCUUAUCAUUUUUGGCAGCGGGUUUUCAAGGAUAAGCAUCGUCUUGAACGGUUGAAACUGCUUUUCAAGUUUGAGGGGAUGAAAGACACACAAAGUAUGCUCCCUGGGAUCGAAGAAGAAUGGUGCUCAUUCCACAAUCUCGUGCCGUCGUCACUCCACCAAGUUGCUGAAAUAUACGAUGAUGUUCUUAAGUCUUUGCAUGGGUUUCGUCCCAAAUUUCUGGUUACAUCUGAUGGGUUACCAUCUUAUUAUGAUCCUUAUGAAUUUCAACAUAUAUGCCAACUGAAGUGGGAGCAAAAUGAAGACGAAGAUGUACGCUCUGCAGAUGAGGAGGACCUCGAAUCUGUUGAUAAAACAACAAAAUGUGUUUCCAUGCCCUUUGUUGCCGCCAGUCACUUUCAGGCAAAUGUGGUUGCUGAAAAGUUGGCAUGUAUAAUCAAAGAGAUGAGAAUUCAGCAUACAGAGGACACAUCUGGCAAACAGCAUAAAUUUGUUAAUGAUGAUGAUCUGCAUGCCAAUGGGGAGGCUUCUAUAUGUAGAUACUUCGUCAAUGGAUCAUGCAACAGGGGCAGCAAUUGUUUGUUUUCUCAUUCACUUCAAGCAAAAAGACCUGUUUGUAAAUUCUUCUUUUCUUUCCAGGGAUGUCGGAAUGGAGACUCAUGUUUCUUCUCUCAUGAUUUGGGUCCAUCAGCUUCAUCAUUUAGUGGGUCAAGUACAUGCCUUCCAGAAGAUGAUGAUGCUGACGCCACUUUGCUUCUGCGAUUGUUUCCGACAUCUCCAAAUGGAUGUGUCCUUAUAUUGGAUGACCCCGAUUUCCAUUUCUCUUCUCAUCUCUCUUCUCACUAUGAUCCAUCCUCUAUAAUUUCCACUACUACGGCAGAUAGCUCUAUAUCUGACUCAUCACUGAUGGGUGUCAGAAUUUUGUGGGGCCUUUCUCACCCGUACCAAACAAUAAUCUCGAGAGGGGGGAGCCUGAUUCCAUGGAAUGAAAUUAAAUGUGUGUUAUGGUUUCCUAGUUUUGAUAGUCAUGGUGAACAUUGGGACAGACAGAAAAAUCUUGUGCAAACUUUCUUUGAGUAUCUUGCCAUUCGGAUAUUGGCAGAUGCCCUAAAUGAAGUGCAAGUUAUCCUUACAAUGAACAAUAUCCGGUUUUCUCAUCUUCAGGUAAUAUUAAAUCAUUCUUUAUCAAGGUGA